GUGGUUGAUUUGGAUGCUUAACCGCCGUUGGUUGAGUGAUCAGUUUCCCUCCCUCCAGCGGAAAUUCAAUCCACGAGAGAGCAGAGCAGCACAGCGAUACCCACACCCUUAUCGGUUAUCCCCUGCUCCCGCCUCGCCCCGCUGCCGCUGAUGCUCCCCUCGACUCCUCCUCCUCCCUUCUGACCCCGUUCCCGCCGCGCCAAUGGCGUCGGUCCCGUCCCUCGCCGUCUCCGGAGGGACCGUCGCCGCUGCUGGCGGCUUCCCGGCGGGACCCGGCGCUGCCCCCUGGAGAACGCCACCGAGCUCCGUCGCCGUCGUUGACAAGAACAAUUCCUAUAGCAGGAGCAUUCAAUCAGCUGAAAAUGGCAGCUUCGAAGCUCCACUGCGGCCUCUCGAUGUCGGGGAAGCAAUGGGUAUGCUCAAGGAGGGGAAGACAGUGCAGUCGGCAAUGUACGUGCCGCUUCUGCACCAGUGCGUCAAGACCGGCAGCCUCAGCGCCUCCAGGACCGUGCACGGGCACAUGGUGAAGACCGGAACCACGGCUGAUAUGUUUGUGGCGACAUCUCUAGUCAAUGUCUACAUGAAGUGUGGGGCGAGCCAGGACGCACGCAGGCUGUUCGACGAAAUGCCUGAUAAGAACGUCGUGACGUGGACGGCGCUCAUAACGGGGUACACUCUGAACUCGCAGCCACUGUUGGCGCUGGGGGUGUUCGUCGAGAUGCUGGAGGCGGGGAGGUACCCAUCGCACUUCACGCUGGGUGCCGCGCUGAACGCGUGCUCCGCGUCGUACAACGUUGAUCUGGGCAAGCAGGUUCAUGGAUACACAAUUAAGUAUGGUGCCGAGUCGAUCACGAGCAUGGGGAACUCCCUCUGUAGAUUGUAUGCCAAGUCUGGAAGCAUGGAAUCCGCCAUGAGGGCCUUCCGGAGGAUCCCUGACAAGAAUGUGAUCACUUGGACAACGAUGAUAUCUGCCUGUGCUGAAGAUGAGAACUACGUGGAGCAUGGACUGACUUUGUUCCUUGAUAUGCUUAUGGAUGGAGAGAUGCCAAAUGAGUUCACUUUGACGAGCGUCAUGAGCUUGUGCGGUACAAGGCUAGAUCUGAACCUAGGCAAGCAAGUUCAGGCCUUCUGCUUCAAAAUUGGUUGUGAAAUGAAUCUUCCGGUAAAGAACUCAACGAUGUACCUCUAUUUGAGAAAGGGUGAAACUGAAGAGGCAAUGCGGUUGUUUGAGGAGAUGGAGGAUGUCAGCAUUAUCACGUGGAACGCAAUGAUCUCGGGCUACGCUCAAAUCAUGGAUACAGCAAAGGAUGAUCUCCAUGCUCGCUCAAGAGGGUUCCAGGCGCUCAAAAUUUUCCGCAACCUAAAGCGGUCUGCACUGAAGCCAGAUUUGUUCACCUUCUCAAGUAUCCUAUCUGUCUGCAGUGCCAUGAUGGCCUUAGAGCAGGGUGAGCAAAUCCAUGCACAGACGAUAAAGACUGGUUUCUUGUCAGAUGUCGUGGUAAACAGCGCACUGGUGAACAUGUAUAACAAGUGUGGAUGCAUCGAGGAUGCAACUAAAGCCUUCAUUGAGAUGCCAACACGGACUCUUGUCACAUGGACUUCUAUGAUCUCUGGGUACUCUCAGCAUGGGCGUCCCCAAGAAGCGAUACAACUCUUCGAGGACAUGAUAUUUGCUGGGGUCAGGCCAAAUGAAAUCACAUUUGUAAGUGUUCUUUCAGCCUGCAGCUAUGCUGGUUUAGUCGAAGAGGCUGAGCGCUACUUUGACAUGAUGAAGCAUGAGUACAAAAUAGAGCCUGUAAUGGACCAUUACGGGUGCAUGAUUGACAUGUUCGUGCGGUUGGGUCGGCUGGAAGGUGCAUUUUCCUUUAUCAAAAGGACAGGUUUUGAGCCGAAUGAGGCCAUCUGGUCCAGUUUGGUUGCUGGAUGUCGGAGUCAUGGAAACAUGGAUCUUGCCUUCUAUGCUGCUGAUAGACUGUUGAAACUUAAGCCAAAAGGGGUUGAAACCUAUGUCUUACUGUUGAACAUGUAUAUUUCCACGGGGAGAUGGCAUGAUGUAGCGAGAGUGCGGAAGCUGGUGAAACAGGAGGAUCUUGGGAUUCUUAGGGAUCGCAGCUGGAUUACGAUCAAAGACAAGGUGUAUUUCUUCAGAGCUAAUGACAGGACUCAUGAUCAGAGUGAUGAGCUGUACCAACUGCUGGAGAAUUUACUGGAGAAAGCUAAAACAAUUGGCUAUGAACCGUACCAGAAUGCAGAGUUAUCUAACUGUGAAGAUGACGAGAAGUCUGCUGCAGGUUCACUAAAGCACCACAGUGAGAGGUUAGCUGUUGCACUAGGGCUGCUCCAAACACCUCCUGGGGCAACAAUUCGCGUCACAAAGAAUAUUACCAUGUGCAGGGACUGCCAUAGCUCCAUUAAGUUCUUUUCAUUACUUGCAAACAGAGAGAUCGUUGUCCGGGACAGUAAACGGCUUCACAAGUUCAAGGAUGGCCGCUGCUCUUGUGGGGAUUUUUGUGCACUCGUGUGAGAUAGGAAUCUGGAAAUCUCACCAACAUGCCACUCCUGGAACUCAACAAUUUUGUACUGGAAACAGGUUACUACUUAACUUUUGAUGCUAGGUAUCCCGAGCUCAUCAUUCAGUUGUGAAUUUUGUAGAUUUUUGUCUGAGAGCAAGUUUUGCUCAGUCAGUCUCUGUAACAUAUGACUGGAAACUUGAUCAGAUUUGUUGAAUACGCACACAUGGUAAACAUAGGAGGGUGAAUAUCUUUGUAACUGUUGUAAAUGCUGGCCUAAUAGGAUCAGACUUUAUUGUUUUGAUUCACAA